CCUACUAUUGAAGAUUUUUGCUCCUUCUCAACUCUGUGGUAAUAUUCUUUUCACAAAAUACAACCAGUAGUACGUUAAUGUUCAAUCUUACUUGUGAAAAGUAAUUUCCCCGAUUCCUAUUUUCAACAGUCCGCUCAUUUGAGCAGGAAAACGCUGAACACCAUCUUUGUUUUCUACCUGUCAACUGUCAGUUUAGGCUGCUCGCCGGCCCCUCUUUACCACUUCAAGAUGGCGGCCGAAUUUCACGCGUCACAGCAGCCAAUGCUGCGUCUACUUAUCUAUGGGAUAACUCCUCUCGCUCAAAUCGGCUGUGCUGCUGGUCAUCUCGCGAGAUCUCGCAUCGGCGUCGUCCCUGUAGCCAAUCAGCGCCGAGCAGCGCAUCCCCCCCCCAUAGCCGCCCGACGCUUCACUCCAGUGGGCGCGAUCCGAGUGGUGAGGAUGGUGCGCACUUCCAGCGGCGGGUCGGCGACAUGAAGCGGUCCUGGUGUGUGACGGAGAUCGGGGAGCCAUGCUCGGUUCCAGCGCGGCGACGUCCCCGAUGAGCACUUUACAUACCCGGAGCACAUCGAGCUGCAUGCAGGCAGCAGCCUGCUACAUCUCCCCUGGAGCCUUUGGGAGUCUUCUCUCCUCAGAGUGACGCCAAAUCAACGACUUCUCCUGGAGCUCCCAUGAGCGCAUCGUGGCCCCGACAUGGCUGAGGAGAGCAGCGUGGGCCGGCAGCUGGAGAGCCUGGAGAGGAGCGUGGUGUUCCUCAGGCAGGAGCAUCUCACUUUGCUCCACGGGCUCCACCGGGAGAUCCUCUCCUUGCAGAGAAGAUGCUCAGAGUUGACAAAUGAUCUGAAGGUGAAGCCUCAAGGAAGAAGCCAAAUCGAAAUCCAGGAGGAAGAGGAGGUGCUGGAGGUGCGCUGCAGGGACGUGGAAGAGCGUCUGGCGGAGCAGGACUGCACCAUAGUAGAGAUCCGCAAGGAGCUGGGCCACAAAGGCGCUCUCGUGGGAGCCCUCCGCGCCAAUCUGAAGGAGAAAGAGCGCCACUUCCUGGAGGAGCUGAAGCGGCGCAGCCACUGCUCCACCAUCCUGAACACGGAGCUGCAGAAACAAACGGAGGCGGCGGCGUACCUCUCAUUCCAGCUGCACGCCGCCAAGCAGAAGCUGCAGCAUCAGCGGCUGCAGCAGAGACAGGCGCUCCUGUCCAGAGCCUCCGGUCAGGGUCCUCAGUGCGUCUCCCCGGCAGCGACCCCUUCCUUCCCCGUGGUGAAGCCCAAACGUAAGAGCGCCAGGGCCUCCUCCAGAGUGGAGCGCGGCCGAGAAUGCGUGCCCACGGAGAAAGUGACGGGCCCCGCCGAGCCGACCGCCAUGCCGGACCCCGCCCUCUUCCUUCACCCCUGGAGGGUCAGGGUGCGCUCCAGGCCAGGUGUGAUGCAGAUGCCACCUCCGGGAGGGGAUGGGGAGGAAUCAGGAGACCAAUGUGCUGUGGCACCACAGGAGCUUGCAGCCAGGCUGGUGUCUACAACUGCAGCGCCCCCUGCUGCUGAGACAAAGGCAGAGUAGCAAAAUUCUUACCUUUCGCUUCCGUCAACACUGUUAAUUGACUGAACUGAGCUCCUAGGUAACACCUUUUUAACAACAUAAUGAACAGGAACGUGUCACUUUAAUUAAGUCAGUGCUUGAAUGGAGGAGAACGACAUGUUUACACGGGUGUCGCUUGUACACCGCGGGGGCCUUAUCCCAAAGCAAUCGCUUUUUCGUCCAUUUUUGGAACGCUCUUCUUUUCAGAACAACUGUGAGCUGAACCGGAACGCAGCAAAUCAGUGUUUGUGUGACUGAAGACACCUGCUGAGACGAGCGCGUCCAACAUUUCAAACUAAGCCAUGCGUCCUUAUUGAGCUAAAUAACUUAACCGGUCAACUCUAAUGACUCCCUUAUUAAGCAUAUGAAAUCACACUAAUAUGCAAUAUUGUACACAUUUUGUAGAACACACACUGUAAAAUGUCAAACAUAUCCGCAAACAAACACUUCUUAGAGACAUUUUAAAACAAGUUUGAAUAGAGAAAACAUGUUUUGUGCAGCAGGUUAGCGUGUGUCAACAUAAUGUGUGUGUGUGUGUGUUUGCUUUAUAGAAACAGCUGCUCCGUUGUGACACCUUUUGUGUCCCAAACAAACACAACUACGGCAACUUUGCUUGAGGUACUUCCUUUGUAUUUAACUUUUAGGGAAAAUGGAGAUUUGCUGACAGUAUGUUUUGGUCAAUGAUAUUUUGUUUCAUGGAAAACUCAAAAAAAUAUUGUUUUAUUUGGAAAUAAUACAAAGUUAUUAAAUAAUAUUAUAUAUAGUUAUUAUUAUAUCAUAAUAAUUAUAUAAUUACAUCUAAUAAUGUAAUAUUUCUUAUAAUAAUUUGAAUAAUAUAAUUUAUUUAUACAUCACAAUAUUAAUUAUUUAACUAUUAAUUGGAAAAAAAACAUGUUGAAAAAGCCUCAACUGAUCCAGGUUUGAUUUUUACUACUGGUCAAACGAUUCAUUUUUAAAAUCAGAUUAUUCAUGAUUAAUCACAGGUUACUACUCGCUUGCAUAAUUAAAAUAACAUUCAAAAAUACCUCGAUAUUUGGACACAAAGGCAAUUUUAUUGUUAGAAUGUCGCACAGGAACAUUUUGUGUGUAAAAGCAGAUAAUUUCUUGGCUCAGAAGAGUUUCAUCUAAAAUAAAUAAAAAAAUUGUUUUCAAAAUUAACUUAAAAUAAACCAUUCGUUUUUUGUUCUAAAAUUCCUUUUCAUGAAAAGAACAUUCUGUGACCCAAACAUACAUUGACCUAGUUGCUUUUUUCGUAUGGUUUGUUAUGCAAAGAAGUAAGCUGUUUUAGUUAGCAUAGCAGGAUGUGACGCGCCAUGCUAUUAUUGUGAAGGCCGGAAGCGUGUGACACGUUGGGGAAGAGUGGGUCCUUGACUCUGGGUGGGCGAUACUGAGACUUUUUGUAUCAAUUUGAUACCAAGUAGUACUGGUACCGAUACCUUUGAGUUGAAAGUCCAUCCAUCCAUUUUCUACCGCUUCAAGAAUUUUUAAUCAUUUUGUAAAUUUUGCCUCUGGUUAGUUGAUUCUGAUUAUGUGAACACAUGCAGGAACAUUAUGCAAAGUGUUUUCAUGAGAGAUUAGGGGUGGGCGCUACGGGUAAUUGAUUCGAUACCAGGUCAAUACAUAGCAAGUAUCGCCGAUAUUCAUAACUUGGAAGUCAUGAUCAUUGUAUGCUUUCGUGAAUUUUGCCUCUCGUUAGUUGAUUAUGAUUAUGUGAACACACAACAAAAGCAAUUAUUAAUUAAUUACAACAAUUUAAAACAAUACAAUAGUAAACAAAUAAAAAAAAUCCCUUGUUAUGUUUUACUACUCACAGUUGUUUGAGAAAAAAAAGUCACAAUUACAAAAUUUGGAAAAAAAGCAAAAAUGUAACAAAAAUAUAAACCUUAAAAUGUAAACCCAACAACUUCUAUUAAACGCAGAUAUUUGUAAAAAAAAAUAAAAUACAAUGUCAUUAGUUAGAAGAGCAGAGAGUCAAGGGUCAACGUGGGCAGCAGAGAGAGAGAAAGGAGUAUCAGUCCCAUCAUGCUAGUAUCGACCCAAUACCAAUAUAUAUAAAUAAACAUUGAUUGAUUGAUUGAUGACCAAUACCCACCUUGGUAUUGAUACCAUGGCUAUUUAGAUUGAUACAGCCCUCAAGAGACGAGAGCUGCAAGUACAGAAGUGCCUCUCUACCACUGCAACUACGCUUUUCCCAGCUAUGCUAAAGGUGAGUUAGCAGUGGCUAACUUUGCUAACUGUCCACAUAUUUUCUUUAUUCCGUCUGUGGGAAAGAUGCACCGGAUUAAUCCCACCGAUGUAACUGAGAAGUGGUGCAAGCUCAGUAGUAAGGAAGCACGUCUUCAUUUGCAACACUCGACAAGAGAUCUCUUUCUCCCACCAGUCACACACUUCCGGCCUUCACAAUAACGGCAUGAUGGUCCAAGUGCGCUAACACAAUGAAACAUGUCUUACACAACUGAGGACCUCUGGUGUAGGAAGAAGCAAACUUUGAAUAAUCCUACCGUCAAUGUGUUGUUUUGUAAUUUUUAAAUAUUGUUAUGUAUAUCCAAUACUCCAUUGUAAUGGUUGCUUCAUAAUAAGACAAACAAUUAAACAAAGGAUUAGUUUUAGAAAAAAUGUAAUCCGUCAUUGGGGAUUUAAUUUUUGAUGUGAAUAGUGGCGAUUCUAGCUAUGGGCAAUGACAUUCUCUAGGGGGCGCCACCAGGAAGGAGGUGGAAAAACAGUUCUUUGCUCUUCAGGUCAGGACGUGUGUCAGAUGGGUGUCCUCUACAGCAGUGGGCCCCAACCACCGGUCCGGGGACCGGUAUCGGUCCGUGACACAUUUGCUACCGGGCCGCAGAGAAACAUUAAAUAACGUAUAAAAGACUGCAUUUUCUCCAACUUAACUUUGGCCUGUCCCACUAGACCAGGGGUGUCAAACUUGUUUUCAUUGAGGGCCACACCGCAGUCACGGCUGCCAUGAGAGGGUCGCUUGUAACAGUAAAUAAUUGAAUUUAAAUUUUUUUUUUUACAUUUCUUACGUAGAGAGUAAAAAAAAUCUGCGGAUUUUACCACUGUUUUUUACAGAAAAAAGUUGCCAGACUUUUACUGUAAAAUAUAUGGUGUGUUUUUUUUUUUUUAGUAUUAUUAUUUUUACAACAUAUUAUUGUAAAUAGAAAUACAGUACCGCUGUUUAAUUUUAUUUUGGCAACUUAGCUGCCAGUUUUUUUUACCAUAAUAAAAUGUGGUACCAUAUAAUCAUCAACCGCGUAUUUUACAGUAAAAAAAACAAAAAACUGACAGCUCAGUGGACAGAAUUUUACUGUAAAAAAACACACAUUGGUCGUUUUUUUCCCAAUUUACAGUAAUAUGCUGUAAAAACUCCCUAAAUUUUACAGUAAAAUGUAUUGGUCAUUUUUUAUAGUGUACAAUUUGAUGGAUAACUUGCUUAGAAAUCAUAAGUUAAGCAGAUAUUUAAGUAUUUAUUUGGAUGUUGACCAACAAAGUUAGAUAAUAUAUUUGUUGCAAAAUUGGACACUAUUUUUUUCCCUCCUGUAAAACUAGAAACCUAUUAUCUUUAGUAUUUUUCAUGCACUUCAUUUUGCUGUAUUUAACUGGCACAAGUGGAAAGCCGGUCCCUAAAAACAAUGCCUACAUUACACCGGCGCAAAAAAGGUUGGGGACCACUGCUCUACAGGCCUCCGUACUGCUCACAGGAAGUGGAUACAACAACCGAUGGGAGAUGAUCUCUGUCAAUAGGAACAAGGAAGCGCGGACAGACUUGAUUGGUGCGUUUGAGCGCUACUCAGGGACCAAUUCGAUUGGCCAAAAUCUGGCAGAAAUGACAACAUUUCUGCCGGGAAGAAAAUUAACAAUACCAAACGGGGUCCUGCCCAGGGCGCCAUUAAAACUAGAAGCACCACUGCUUGUGAGCCUCACCCAAUCUCUUUAGAAGACAUUAUGAAGCAAUAUAUUUCUAUCUGUCUCUUCUGAAGACGUUUUAAUUCUUAUUAUGGAUUUAUGUUUUUCAUGUGUUUUGCUGGAACUGGUUCACUCGACACUGCUAGCCUCAAACAUGUUAUUCCACACACGACUGCCAACUAAAACACUUGUUUCAUUUUCGAGCUGGCAAAAAGUGAGUCUUUUCUUUUUAGGAUAAAACGACUGCUCUGGUAGACUUUUGUUUGACCGCAGGAGUUCUGAGCUAAGACUGUUACGAUCGCAUUCCAAAAAUGAAACGUCAGGUAGAUUCAAGUUGUCGUAGCACUUAAUGUAUACUGUAUGUACAGUAUUCCACUCCCAGCUCUUGUUUACCGUAUGGAUGACUUACAGGAAGGACUAUUUUCAAGUGCUGACGGAAACAUUUUACUUUUUUUUUUUUUAUAGCUUUAAGACUAUAAUCCUCAACUUGCUAGUUUUAAAACUAUAUUGCUAUACUUUCCCACAUGAAAUUAAUUCCCUUUGAAAAUGUAUUCCAUCUUUAUAAGAACCCUAAAGCAUACGGCUUCUGACAUUUGACCUAUUUGCUGUGUGGUCCCCAACAUGAGAGCUUCUUCCUAGUACGUCCUUGAGUGUUGAUUGAUAACCGCGUCAUCAAAAGCUUCCCAUUGCACUGUAAACAUGAUUGGAAUAAAAACCAAGACCUGUCUCCAUGCUAUUUGCUGUUUUAUUAUGCUUUAUUAUACACUCACUGUGUGAAAAAACAUGAAUACGUUAUCGGUUUACCGCACUUUUUGGCAACUGACAUUUUUAUUAAGCUUUUUUUUAUUUUUUAAAUUGGAAAUAAAACCCAUCAUUGAAGUAGUUUUAAAAGAUUGACCUUUUUAAAUUGUACAACAACACCCAUAUACAAUAUUAUUGGGACAUUUUCUGCAGAUCAGGCAUGCAUAGGACCCCGUUUUCUGUGAAGAAACGCACGUUAAAUGUUAAUUAAUUACUUUUUAUUCCCUGGCCCUUCCUGCUCAGUCACUGAUGGGAAUAAAAUGGAAAAUGUUUCUUAAUGUUGCGAAUGUCACCUGUGGUGCAACUAAUUAGUGCUAGUCUUGAAAGCCAGUACAUCAAUCCCUCAUUAUCGAUGUUAAUUGGUCAAUCAAUAUUCGUCAUUUUCACGAAGUAGGAAUCAUUCAAUUUACCAGGAAUUCCGGGAAAAUAAAUGGGCAGUUAGUCAAACUUUCAGAAUUCCCACAUUUCUCAACCGAUUCAAUCCAUUCCACCAUCAACAAGUUCCACCCUUCCUGUACAUUUAAAGAAACAAUUUUUUCCGGUUCAAAAAAUGUCCACUUUUCCCGGAAUUCUAGCAUUUUGAUUGCAGUAUGUCCACCCUUUUUUUCUUUCCACUACCUCUAUCACAUUUUUUCAACUGACUCAACCGUUCCGAUUUUU